UGUGGUGGUGUAAUGGAGGAGGGAGCUGUAUAUUGCACACCGACGCUGCCAUCGAAAAAGAAAAGGCGCGCACAAGAAAAGCUGCUGCGUUCACCUGUGGCGUGUGCGCUCCUGCCAGCCAUUAGCCUGCUGGCAGUGCCAGGAGCCAGCCUGGAGCCGGCCCACCCAAGCAUGUCGGGGCCCUCACCUGGCAAGACCCCCCGCUUUCCUAUCGCUGUGGAUAUUCCUGUUCCACCAGAGCGACGAACAUCAGCCAUCAAUAUUGUCACUAACCCCAGCUUUGAUGGCGGCUUGGAACAGGCCCCAGAAGAAGCUCUCUACUCCACAAUUCAGCCAAAGCACGAGUGUGGAUCUAGUCCUGGAACACCACCUCCCCCGCUGCCUCCAAAACAGCUUGAGGUUCUCUACACUAAGCCUAUUAAGCCUAAGAAAUCCAAAUCGAGGGAAGGGUCCCGAGGCUCGAAGGAUUUUGGAGAUGGAAAGGAUGGCCCUCAGCUCUGGAAGCUGCACAUAUCGCAAGAGAGCCCCCCAAAGCCUUCACAGAGCUCCUCUGGGUGCAAUUGUCAGCAACUGGCAUCAUUGCUGCAAGACAACUAUGCUAUGAAACAUGAACUACUAACAUAUAAGGAUCGGAUAAAAUCUCUUACUACUAAACUAAAACAGUUUGAAGGAAUAUCGGAAGUCAUGAAGGAACUUCAGCAGAAUGUUGAAAGAGUGUCAGAAGAAAAUAAAAGGCUCAAGCAGUAUGAAAAAUGCAUUACAGAGGCCAAGACUACAGAACAAGAGAAGCAUGACCUUUUUGAACAGCUCAAAGAUGCACAGUCACAGUACAAGUAUGAUGUGGACCAUCUGAGCCAGCAGGUGAGUCAGCUGGAGCGUGAGAAGCAAGAGCUGGAAGGGGCCCUAGCCAAGUUACAGCAGGAGCAUGACCAGCUGCUCAUCUCCACCCAGAACUCUGUCUCCUUCCAGUUCCACACAACAGCCAUGCUUGAGGUCAAGAGGCUUCUAGAAGAGCUCAAACAGAAGUACCAAAAUGACAAGGAAAAUCUCACACAUAAGGUCCAGCUGGCCGAACAAGAACGGCAGGAGCUGAAACAGCAGCUGGUACAGCUGGAAGAAGAAGUGGGAUGGCUGCGAAGUGAUCAUAGUGCUCUCUCAGGCGCCUACCGCCGAGCUGUUCGCCAAAACCACACAUUAGUCACCCAUCUCCGUGAACUUCAGGAUGAUGACUCUGAGAUGCACUCACUGCUGUCAUCACUUCUUGUCACUGCUCACCAAGUAGUUUCUGAACGUGACAGCUUAGAAAUAAAGAACGAGGAAAAGGAAAAAGAGUGCCAACGCAUGUUGGAACUUCUUGGACAGCAUAAUGUGGAUAUAGAUCAGUUGAACAAAUAUCUCAAGAACAUACAGGACCAAACAGAGGAUGAGAAGCACAAAGUAAAACAUAGGCGGGAAGUAGAGGGAAACCUUCAAGAAGAAUACGAACAGCAGAUCUCUCAUCUGCACACAAAGGUGGAGCAGAAGCAGCAAGAACUGGAAAGUGUUCACAGAGAAAAAAGGAAGCUGGAGAGAGAGCUCGAGCAACUGUGGCAGGUACUUGCCCACGAGACUGAACUUAAGGCAUUGCCAGGCGACACAGCACAAGCUUUUGCUCUUCACCAGCUUGCAUCACAAAAUUAGCCCUGUGCCAACCGCGGUAAAAAGAAAAUGAUACAGUAUGGGCCUUUUUCACAACUUUGUUGUCUUGUCAUGUGCUUUAAUAUUAAGCACUGAAUGGUAAGCAACGAUUGUAUCUGUUGCUCACUAAAAAACAUAACUGUUCAUUUGCAACUGAAACUACUUAAGGCAGCCGACAUGGUUGCAACUAUGUGUGUACUGGCAAUGUUAAAUGCAGAAUUGCCUCUUGCAUACAGCUUGCUUUAUGUCAGCCAAAUGGGCAUCUUGACAUUUGUGCAAGGUGCAAUGAACCAGGACUUGACCAAGGAAAGCUAAUAGUGAAAAACAACAUAGACCAAGGAAGGAACCUUCCAACCUUUAUUAAAUGGACUACAGACCAAGAUUGCAUGGAUGAGCCUGUGCAGACAUGUAGAUUCUAGUGCCUGUGUAUACUCCUAUAGGAAGCAGAGUUGUGCAAAGGUCUGCCAUAUUUAAAUCUAUUGUGAAGGAAAGCCACUGCUUGGGCUUGCAGGAGCCAGUUAAGUGCUGCCAGAACACACUUUGGCACUUUAUUGUGUGUUGAUACAAUUAUAAUGAACACAUUUCACUUAUUGAUUGUGCAUAUGAUUUUGCCACAUUCACACAGUGUUUGAAAAGAGUUAUGUGCAUGAAAUGCGCUACAUAGGUAAUCGUUGUAGAAGCAAUGGUGUUCACCUGGCAGCAGAUGGUGUGAGUACAUUGGCCAUGCCUCCCUGUUGAUGGCGGCAUACCUUGACUUAUUUUGAACAAGGCAAGUACUGUUACAAAAUGAAAAAUAAGUUGGACAAAGCAUGCUUGCAAUAACCACCUCUGUGUUCAUUUUCAGCUAACAAUGUGUGUUCCGUCUUGAUAAUGAUGUCACGCGUAGUUAUAAUUUGGCAAAGAGCACCAAUGACUUUGAACACUAAAGGCAGAAAUAAUUGUGACAUCUGUGUAUGAUGGAACAGUAAACAUGUGCUGGUACUCUUGGAAGUGCUGACACCAGCACAGCACAGGUGUUGUUGCCAUUGUGUUGGCUUCUCCGAUGAAUCACAACACAAGUGGCUCAAAGAAAAUGCUCAACUCUGCUCUCUAUGGGAGUGUGUAUAGGAACACUAAUACACUUCAUGCACAGCGAUGUGCCUAAAGCUAUACAAGAAAUCAAAGCAUAAUUUAACAGAUAACAUGUCAACCUGACCAUGCCGAACAGAGUAGCCAACUGUCUAGAGAGUUGCUCCUCUUUGUGACAGUGUCUCCAUGACAAAGUACCUUUACAAGUUUUUCUGCUCUUGAAUGUUGUAUGUACAUCACUCAUUUAAUCAUGAACCUCUGUUGAUACAGUCGACUUCCGUUAAUUUGACCCUGAUGGACCGAUGAAAUUAAUCGACUUAUCCGGCGGGUCGAAUUACACAAGAUGCCGAAAAAUACUUUAAAACACCAUGAUUCAUUUUGUCCGAUUGUAACAUAUGCCCUCAAAUCAAACGCAUGCCCACGUUUGAUUUGUACAAAGUAGAAAACUAACGUAGAUCUAGCAGUCAUCGUCAUCUUUCCGUGCUCCAGCACGUGUGUGUCGUGCUGCGAGGUUGGAAUAAUAAUAAUAAAAAAAGCUUCUUUGGCUCCUGCCAUCGGUCCGAACAGUUCUAAAGUUUUUCGCUCGCUGACUCACGCAUUGUUGUAGUGACCCUAACCUCAGCCCUUAUUGUAGAAAUAACAUUAAAGCUCCUAAACAAAGUAGAACUCUCACACGCACUUUUCUUUUUUUUUUUUAAGGAAGAUAGCCGAGGGUCUAAUGUCUGUUGCACAACGGCGGCCAGUUUUCUAAAGUCAGCUUUGCCGCAAAUCAUUUGGAUUAUGCGGUAAAGCAUAUGAAUGCCGCGAAGCACUGGUAUUGUCUCCGAUUGCACCACGCAGGCAAUCUUCGGCCCAAUCUAUUUGAAAGAAAUAACACAAAAAAAGGCAUGUGUUAGGAUAGAGUAAAUACUGUAAUCAGACAUUGUUAGCUACCGUUGUUGCUUAAAAAUCUUCCUAGGGCAGGCCAAAAAUAGGCGUUCUCGACGGGAUAAUGACGUUAAGUGGUGCAGUGCGAAGCAGAACAGAGGGACACCGAAAGGGCGUGCAACGCAUUCACUGACCCUUAAGCUCUAUUGGGACACACUGCCACUAAAAUGGUCACUAUUGGAGUUACCGUAGGAGUCAGACGCAUGCAUGCCGACUAUCAAAUUCGAGUUAUCCGGCGAAAGCCAAUUUUAGGAUCGAAAUAAGGAAAGUUCAAGUCCAUAGAAAUGCAUAGGUGCCAGCCGGGAUCUAAUUAGCUGGAGUCGAAUUAAAGAAAGUCUAAUGUAUUACUGAAUUCGGUUUUAGCAUAGUUCAGAAAGAGACAGAAAAUUAUAAUACUUGGAAUUUUUCUAAUCUUAAAGAGAAUACUUUAAAAAAAGUGACCUUCUUUUUAAUAGGGCACAGCAUGUGUUGCUUGAAGCACAGUUAAUUGAAAACAUGUUUUCUUGCUAUACUCCAGCUGCAUCGGUGUCAUUUCUCAGCUUUGGGCAGCUAAAGAAUAAAACUAAUGGUGUUCGAUCCCCUCCCAUUUCCCACCUGAAGCUUGUCUCUGGGUUAGUCUUUUAAGGUUGAAUGUAGCAUGAUGUCCCGAAGAGCAGUAGAAGCGGCGAAAUGCAAGCUGCACAUGCAGUGAACACUGCAACUCAAUGCCAGAAGUGCCAAGACGUGGCAGUACAGGAACAUGAGGCUGAGACAAAGCAAGGAUGCUGACCAAGACCUAGAGGCGGAUGCACAUUAUGCCUUGUUUAGGGAUGCUGCAGUGCAUUUGAAAAAACAAGCCUUACUUUGUGUAAUAUUCCAAUACCUUGCUGUCGCCGUCAUCUUGCGAAACUGCAAUGUUUUUAAAUUGUCCAGUAAGGAGUAAUAUAUGAUGUCAUGGGUGUGCUCAACCCUUAACAUAUGUUGUGCCUGGUAUCAUGUUUUCCCUCAUAUCUUUUAACAAAUAUUUUUUUAGUGCGUUAGACCUCUUUGCCUAUGCAAUAGCAUUUAUUAUUUCUAGCAGCGGUCUGCAAAAUCACAUGCAGGCAGUGAGCAACCUUUGAGCUUUGAGUGUGCAUUCAUUCGAAGUCCUCGUUUUGCAACCUCAUUCACUGCAGCAUCUCUCAUAGCAGUUAUAUGUUGCUUUAUGACCCCAUCAAUCAAUCAAAUUAAUCGUACUUCUUACUGUUAUAACUUUGCUACCUAUGUAGCUUUUCACUAUUUUAACAUAUAGUUUUAUGGCUGAUGCAUACAACAGUUUCAUUUACCUUGAGCAUAGUGCCACCUUCAUAUUUCUUAAUAUGGCCAUAACUGUAAGAAGUGAAAACAAGUUACUUUUGAUUUGGGAAGUUUAAUGUCCUAAAGCUGUACCAUGGGCCGAAAUGCUUCUAAAGGUGGGGCACCGGGUCAGUUUCGACUGCCUUGAGUUCUGUACAGUGCCAGCUUUCAUUCAAGCAGUACAGUAGCAAUACAAAAAAUCGUAUGCCAAUUUGACAACUGAUACAUCAAAGGCAUCGUUAAGUGAGUUCGUACACUGCUCGAAAGUACUAGGUCUGUUUACUGACUCACAGCCUCACCGCGGCCAAGUGCAAUCCUGGCUGGCUGUUCUUGGAGAAGCCCCCCCUGCAGCAUUGCGUUGCAACACCACAACAUCGGCUUUCACUGCCGCAGCUGUACAAACCCCUAGUUUACCUCCAACGUCGAGCUAGUAUAAUGUGAUGUUAGAAACUAAUAUUAUGGAUGAGUGAUUAAGGAAAAAAGAAAUCACUUACGAUUACGACAUUUCCUAAUGCAAAAUUUGAG